CUCGACGCGCAGCGGCUCCGGAAAGCCCCCCUCCCCCCUCCUCCCCUCCUUGUUCUUGGUUUGCAUCCUCUCGAGCUGUCUCGCUCAGCGUAGCCAUCCGGCGCAGGUCGCAGCACGCUCUCUCUUGGCAACAGGGCCCUGUUUAUACCCCAUUCCCUCGGCUUUCCCUGCGCUUCGCCCCUCUCCCCUCUAGCCCUGCAACAUGAUCUCAGUAAUGCCCGCCAGCCCUGCCAUGGUAUCCACCUUUGGCGGUGAUGGCUCGGGCCCUCCGGACCCGUCACUUCUGAACGAGAACCGCUUCUGUCCGGGAUGCAAGAAGUCGGUGAUAGACGAGAAUGGCGGAGUGGUUGUGGCUUUUGGCCAAUCUUUCUUCCAUGUCGACUGCUUCAAAUGCGCAAAGUGCGGGAACCAAGUUACCGCGGACACCAAUCUACUGCUGCUCUCUGACGGCUCGCCAAUAUGUGCAAAUUGUUCCUACAGCUGCAAUGUCUGUCGCCUGCCGAUCCUCGACGAAGCCAUCAUGACAGGCGAUGACUCGUAUCAUGCGCACUGCUUCAAGUGCAAGGUAUGCAAGAACAGGAUCGACGAAUUGGUAUUCGCCAAAACAAGCCAAGGAAUCUACUGUAUGAACUGUCACAACCAACGAGUUGCCCGCAGUCGGCGUCAUGCACAGCGGCAACGGGAGAAGGAAAGAGAGAGGGAAAGGGAACGCGAGAAGGCAGCGAGCGUGCUGAUGAGCUCGGACGCCGCGAACAGUCCCUUAGUUGCCAAAGCAGAGCAAUCGGCUUCGACGAAUGCUGCACAGUCACCCUCGCAGGUUCAAUCACCUUCCGUCUCGUCUGAGGCGUCUACAGCUUCUCCGUCUGCUCAUCCCCCAGCCAACGGUAGCGCAUCCCAUCGGGGUUCAAUGACAUCUCUGAACUUGAAACAAGCCAAUUCCCAUGUACCGGACGAACCUCGUGAGCGGACACCUUCUACUGCCAGCCGUUUAGCACCCCAACCGGCAUCCCUGAGCAUCAGCAAGCGCCCUUCUACUGCUCCCAACGGCGAUGGACCUGCCCCCGCAGUGCGCUCAGCAACACUCGAUUUGGCACGACCCCCGCUCGAACGCUUGACAUCCAUGCCAACUCCCAGGAUGGAUUCUCUGGCUGUGCCGGGGAGUGACGGCGCUGACAGACAUAUACAAGCAAGAAAGAGCUUUGACGGAGGCGUGCGCCCGGCGUUCCAGCAGCAACUUCGGUCGACUCCCAGCGCCUACUCGCUGAACGCUGCGAGCGGUAGCGGGAGUAGUGCCUUGAACAUCCCCAACGGAGAGACUUCUCGUCGGGACAAACGGCAGUCUAUCAAUCCCGCGCUGGCUCAGUCUUUCAGCGGUACGGCUUCUCCAGCGCGCGGGUCCCCGCAAGCAACUUCGCCACUGCGAGACGCCUUUGGUUCGCAGCGUCCCUUCGCAGAGAGCACUGGUCCAGAACACCCCGCAUUCACACGUGUUGCAUCCUCGUCACGCCCGUCCACGCCUUCAUCCCCUCGCAAUUCUCUCGACCAGGGAUCGCAGAUUAGCCGAGCUCGCUCAGGUUCUUCGGGCGUGAAUGUCCAACGCCCAUCCGAGCAGGAUCGGCUGUCGCGUGCGCCCUCUCGCUCCCGUUCCACCCUGAAUAGCCCUGCAUCGCGUUCGAGCAGCAGAGUUGCCGACCACCUCACCUUCCAGCCUCAAUCCGCCGAUCGUCCGGAGUACACUGCGAGGACAUCAAGCCUGCGUAGCCACGAACAUCGACGCCCUCCCAGUCUCGUUCUUCCCGACAGUAAUAUCCGGCAUCAACGCUCUUUCGACGACAGAGCUCGCGCGAGUCCGAUGCAAGAGACUAGGCCAUCGAACGGAACACUGGAGGUAUCAUCCCGUCCACCGAGCAUACCAACGCCCACGUCGCCGUCGCACCGUGUAGAUGUCCCGCGUGGCGUCGAAAGCGGUACGGAUACGGAACCCGAGUCGGAGGACGCGCACCGUCGUCCAGAGCGUGACGUGCCACCGACUCCUCCACCCAAAGAGCCCCCUUCCGCAAGAUCUGGUCGCCCUGCUCUGAACCGUCUCAACACUGGCAGCAGCGUCAGUGUCAGUCACGAUACAGCGGAUGACAGUCGACCUAACAGCGAAGACGCCACUGUUGAAUCUCCGGAGUCCUCACCUGUGGAACGAACCUCGCAUGCGACGUUUAUUGCUCCGGCCCUACCCCCGAUCCGUAUCUCGAUGGGCGGUUCGGACUUCUCAGAGUUGCUAAAGUCCGUUGGUGGUGACGUAACAAAGCUCGAGCAGCUUGCGGAGGUUACGGAGAGCGGUAGCCGUGAACUCGAUCUCACAGCCACGUCGCCUCAGGUUCUCGUUCAGUCGAAACGAGACUCCAUGCAACUGUUGACACCGAGGAGCGAUGUCACGAUUACCGAGUCAACGGAGUCUCGGGUUGAUGACACACCUGCGAAACGGCCUUCACCUGGACCACGUCAACGCGGCAUGUCGGGCGGAAUUGGCGGAACUAUGAGCUCGUCACUGUCAUCAAUCAGUUCGUCCAUGACGACUGAUGUGUUGUCGAGGUUCCCGUCUGUUCCUCGCGCGAGGCCCAGCUUGGACAGGCCAUCUCCAGUAGAUGAGUUUUCUGCGUCCUUAGAGGCCACCUUCGGCCACGAGGAUCUCAACGCGUCGGCACUUGCGCCCACUCGCAUUACAAUCAACUCAGAGGAUGGUACGAUGCAGGCGCCGCCGCAGGCGAAUUUCUCCGAUUCGCUGAGGUCCCAGCUGCAAGACAAGUUGGCAGCUGCUACGGACCUUGGCAACACUCAAAUCACUCUGGAUGUCGAGCUUGUGCAGACACUCUUGACAGCAUCCGAUCAGCAACAGGUGGACCAUGCUGAUUUCAAACGCAGGCUCGACGGCAUGAAGCGGGCCAGUCAACAAUACAUGGAUGGCUUGACCGUUGCUCAGACAGAGUAUGACCGGGAGCUGAAAGCUCGACGGGAUGCAGAGGCCGAAGUUACCCGGCUCCGGAUCCUGCUUUCCGGCCAGGCAGCACGACUCUCCGCCAUCUCAGGCGAGACGAAGCGUCAAGAGGCCCAGAAACAACUUUCAGAGGAGCUCAGCAACAACCUAUCGAGUCUCGGCAGAUCAGUAUCGCAAUUGAAGGUGGAGCGUGACAUGACACUGGCGGAGGUCGAGCAACUCUCUGCCUCCAAGAGUUCCAACACUCCUGUAGAGGGUGAGGAUGGCGCGGCCUCUCUAGGUAGAGCGUUGUCUAUGCGCUUUGACAACAUCAAGAACAAGUACCAGACCGAGCUUGUUCCGCUGACUGAGCAACGCGAGGCCCUUAUGCGAGAGAUCACAGUUCUCAGGGCUUCACGCGAUGCGUACCUGGAGGAGACGACUGCGCUCAACGCUCGGAACGAACAACUCGCCCAAUUGAACUCCCAGUAUGUUCGCCGCAUCGAGGCAGCUGGAUUUGAUUCCACCAUAGCUAAGCCGGAGGCUGGUGCCGGUGACGGAGGGUACGACAGAGCAAGGCAGAUCCAGAACCUGUCCUCGUCAGUAACAUCUUCAACUGUCGCGCUGUCCGACGAGGGCUCGACAGAGACCUCGAAGUUCAUCAAGAUCUCGAAGCCGGAGUCUGGAGACUCACACGCCCUGCCGACGAAGAUGGCCCCUAAGUUUUUGAAAUGGCCAGGUCACAAGACAACGAAGGAGAACGGUCCGCCGACAACAUGGAGUGACGCCCCCAAGGUCACUGGCCGCAAGGAGCACGUAUUCCAGCAAGUCAGCGUAUUGCGUGUUGCUCGCUGUGACCACUGCGGUGACAAGAUGUGGGGUUCUCAAUUCCGCUGCACGAGCUGCAACAUCGCAGUGCAUACGCGCUGUCUACAGCACGUCCAUCUCCCUUGCACCCAACAAUCGGGUCAGGGUCGCGAUGAACCCUCGCUCCCACCUGCCCCACUACCUCCUUCGAUGUUCGGGAGAGAUCUCAUCGAACAGAUACAGUCCGAAUCGAAGGACGAACCUCGGUUGAUACCCGUGAUCGUCGAAAAAUGCGUUGAAGCCGUUGAUGCACUUGCAUUGGACUUCGAGGGCAUCUAUCGUAAGACUGGAGGUUCAGGCCAGUCUAAGACGAUCACACAGCUGUUUGAGCGCGCCGACUAUGGCACAUUCGAUCUCCUCGACACUGAACGGUUCAACGACAUCUGUAGCGUCACAUCUGUGCUAAAGUCGUAUCUGCGACAACUCCCCAAUCCGCUGCUGACCCAAGAGCUGCAUGCGCAGUUCAUGUCGGCUGCGGGGAUCCGGGAUCCUGAGAUGAGAAGCGAGGCGUUCAUCAGUUGCGUCGUGGAGCUUCCGAAGGAGCACUACUACACUGCUCGCCAUCUCCUUCUACACCUACACAGAGUCAGCGAAUGCAGCGACAGAAACCUCAUGAACGCCCAAAACCUCGGCGUUGUCUUCGGACCUACUCUCAUGCGGUCACGCGAGAUGGUCUCCGAGUUCGCUGACAUGGGUGGCAAGGCCACCUGCGUACAGUGGCUCGUCGAGAAUGCCCCGAUUGUCUUCGAACACCCUAUCUCCUUCGACUAAUCACAGCCUCCGUUCAUACCCACGUCGUUGGGCAGCAGGCUCCCCUCUGUAAGCCUUAGUAGACUCACGUCGGACCUCUGUAUUACUAUCCGACCGUCGUUCCCUUCAGGUUGUUUGUGCGUUCAUAUGCUGGGCGUAUGGCGGGUUCAUUCCACUUAUCUACACGUUGCCCAUCCCGUCAUCCUGUCGUUCCACGCCUUGUACUUCCAGAUUGCCUACCAUCUUACGCAUAUAUCAUUGCACACCUCAUACCCCCGGUCUUUUAUGGAUAUGUAUUCCUCUGUCAGAUAUAUUAUUAUACAUAUUC